GGUACUUAGCGUAAACCAUAAAACCCGCAUUCAACAUUGAAGUUCAAUGCUCUUGAAUGUUAAAAAUUUGGUGCCCACUCUCAAAUCAGCUCAAAUCAGGUGACUUUCAAUCCACUAGGGUUCGUUUAUGGUGGAAUUUCAAACCCCCACCAAAUUUACAAAGACGACUUCAAUCUUUGACUUCUCAUCCAACAUCAACCUUCACGACGGACAGCAAAAAUGCAGAUCUUCGUGAAGACCCUGACGGGCAAGACCAUCACCCUCGAGGUGGAGUCUUCCGACACAAUCGACAAUGUCAAGUCUAAGAUCCAAGACAAGGAGGGCAUCCCCCCGGAUCAACAGCGUCUAAUCUUUGCUGGCAAGCAACUCGAGGACGGCCGAACCCUCUCCGACUACAACAUCCAGAAGGAGUCCACUCUCCAUCUCGUCCUCCGUCUACGUGGUGGUAUCAUCGAGCCCUCGCUAAAGGCUCUUGCCUCCAAGUUCAACUGCGACAAGAUGAUCUGCCGCAAGUGCUACGCCCGCCUCCCCCCCCGUGCCACUAACUGCCGAAAGCGCAAGUGUGGACACACCAACCAGCUACGACCCAAGAAGAAGCUGAAGUAAACGAUUCGUCAACUACAUGUUCCAUCUCUACGGCGUCUUCGGUUUGGGGUCUAUCACUAUCAUGAGCACGCUACGAACGGGUG